CUUGUGGGCCUUGUAGUCUGUCGGCGCGCGUGUCCGGGCCGCCUGAGCAGAAGCCCAGGUACCGCAUCCGCGCCUGCCCGGACUGCUGGGCGUGCGGGGUGGGCGCGCUGCGGUGAUGCGAGGGCGCAGGCCGGAGCCUGCGCGGGGUCUCGGCGCCCUGGUGGACCGUCACCUGCCUGUCCCCCAAGGCCACAGCAUGGCGCCCUCCGGCCAGGUGGUGGAGAAGCAGAAGCCCGAGGACCCCGUGCCGGAGCCCGCGCCGGGCCGCGAGCUGCAGUCCUGGCAGUGCCUGGUGUCUUACCUCUGCUUUUACGGCUUCAUGGCGCAGAUGCGGCCGGGGGAGAGCUUCAUCACGCCCUACCUCCUGGGGCCUAGCAAGAACUUCAGCCAGCCUCAGGUGACCAACCAGAUCAUUCCGGUCCUGUCCUACUCCUACAUGGUGGUACUGGUCCCGGUCUUCCUGCUGACGGACUACCUGCGCUACACGCCGGUGCUGGUGCUGCAGGGCCUGAGCUACGUGUGCGUGUGGCUGCUGCUGCUGUUCGGCCGCACCGUGGUGCACAUGCAGCUCAUGGAGCUGUUCUACAGCGUGACCAUGGCCGCACGCAUCGCCUACUCCUCCUACAUCUUCUCCCUGGUGCGCCCCGAGCGGUACCAGCGCAUGGCCAGCUACUCGCGGACUGCCGUGCUGCUGGGCGUCUUCACCAGCUCCGUGCUGGGCCAGCUGCUGGUCACCGCGGCCAGUCUGUCCUUUACCACGCUCAACCACAUCUCGCUGGCCUUCCUCGUCUUCAGCCUGGGCCUGGCCCUCUUCCUGAAGCGGCCCAAGCGCAGCCUCUUCUUCCACCGCCCAGCGCCCGUGCGCGGGGCCUCGCCCUCCGAGCUGGACCGGAUGCACCCGGGCGCCGGGCGGCGCGCGGGCGGGAAGCUGGGGCGCGCGCUGGCCUCCUGCGGGGACUGCGUGCUGGUGCGCAUGCUGCGUGAGCUGGCGGCCAGCCUGCGGCAGCCGCAGCUGCGCCUCUGGUCGCUCUGGUGGGUCUUCAGCUCCACGGGCUACUACCUCAUCGUGUACUACGUGCACAUCCUGUGGAGUGAGGUGUCCCAGGCCACGGACAGCACCCUCGCCUACAACGGCGCCACCGACGCCGCCUCCACGCUGCUGGGUGCCAUCACGUCCUUCGCCGCGGGCUUCCUGAAGAUCCGCUGGGCCUCGUGGGCGAAGCUGGUCAUCGCGGGGGUCACGGCCGUGCAGGCCGGGCUGGUCUUGCUCAGCACCUACAGCAGCAUCUGGCUGUGCUACGUGGCUUUCGUUCUCUUCCGCGGCGCCUACCAGUUCCUGGUGCCCAUCGCCACUUUCCAGAUCGCGUCCUCUCUGUCCAAGGAGCUCUGCGCCCUGGUCUUCGGCAUCAACACCUUCCUCGCCACCAUCCUCAAGACCAUCAUCACCCUCAUUGUCUCGGACAAGCGGGGUUUUGGCCUGGCCGUGAGAGAGCAGUGCCAAAGCUCAGAAGCCGCCGGCGUCUGCCUCCUGGGCGUGUUUGGCAUGUGUCUGCGGGAGUUCCUGCGGGGAUUCUGCCGGGAGCCGUGGGCAGCCAGUCUCAGCUCUGGCAGGAUGGACGCCGACGUCAACGCCGUCCCCGCACGGCGCCUUUCUUUAGCAGGGCCGGGCCCCCAGGCGUGGUGGGGGCUCCUCGCCUCACCGUCACUGCAGGCCGUCCCAGCUCUGCCCGCGUCUGGAGCUCUGCUGCUGUGCGUUGGGGGCUGAGGUCCCGGUGCUCGCGCCGCCGGCUGGUGCGUGUUGCUCAGCAGGGGGCCGUCUCACGCCUGUGCUCCCUUGCUUGUCUGUGAGUUGUGGGUCCCCCCCUUCAGCCCGCCUGCUCCUUAGAUUGGAGCGAGUCUCUGUACACAGCAGGCGUCAGACUCCACUCUGCCGGUGCCCGUGUUCAGGCCGUGCACAUUCCGCGUAAUUCACAUACCAGGAGCACGGUCUGCUGCUGUCUUACUUUCCCUUUACUUUUUACUUUUGAGGUUUGUGUGUGUGUGUGUGUGCAUGCAUGUUUAGGUGCAUGUGUGUGUGCAUGCGUCUGCACGUGUGUACGUGCACGCAUGUUUAUGCAUGUGUGUGUGUAUA